AAAGUUGAAAGUACUCGUACAUAACCAUUGAACUCAAAAAAUACUCAAAAAAAAAUUUUUUUUUUUCAUCUUCUUCUUGAUUAAUUUUCUUGCUUGUUUUUCUAGAGCUAAGAGAAGCUGAUUUUAAGUGUCUUUUAGUGUUGAAAAUCAAGCAUUUAGAUUAGGUUUUAUUUGGGUUCUUUUUUCUGGGUUACUGGAGAAAAAUAGAGGAAAAACUGCUGCUUUGUGUAGAUGCUUUGCUUGAUUGAAAGGUUUGGUUUUUAGUACUUUGUUGAGUGUUUUGAAUGUUAUAAUACCCUUUGAAGGAUGGAUGGGCGGCGGCAUUCCGUAGAUGUACCAAUAUCAAAAACUCUAAUUGCACUUAGAAGAGUAAGGUCAUUGAGGGAUCCAUCAACUAAUUCUAUGAGCAAAUUCUCUUCUUUAGUUGAUACUUUGCAUUGGGAUACUAAUUCAUGUAAUGGGAUAUCUUUAAGGUUUGGGAAUGGUUGCCAAGAAGGGAUUUCAAGCAAUAAUGGGUGGGAUUUAAGUAAAAUUUUAGGAACUUGUGGAGAAGAAGAAGAAAAUGUGAAAGAUUUCAAAUCCAUCGAGUGUACUCCAAAAUCCAAUUCCAAGCCAACCAUUAGUAAAAUUGUAGCAAAAUCAGGGUCCGUAGUUUCAGGAAUAAAAAGCAAGCUUGAGAGCGAAAUUGCAUUAGAGUUAGCUUGUGUUUCCCCUCCUAAUGAUCACCUAGAGGGAACAGAUUCAAACCAUGGUUCGACCGUAAGGUUGACUCCUAUGGCUAACAAAAUCAAUUCUUCAAACCGGAAUCAUUCAUAUGCAUAUAAGAGGUCACCCGGGUCAGUAGGUGAUUAUGUGAGUAGAGUAGGCAGUCCGUCUCUUUGUGUUAGUGAUGCCUUAGACGGUUCAACACAUAGUACAUCGCUAUUUGGAAAUGACACACUUGAAGCGCUAGAUAGGGAAUAUCGUGGGUUUGGGUUAACUUGCUGUUGGUCUCGAACACCUAGAUACUCUACCGAUGGAGAAGAGUAUCCAUUAAUAUCAGGAGAAGGUGGUGACACGGAUUUUUCUGGACGGAGUAGGGGCUGGAAGCACAUUAAUAGUGAAGUUGUUCCUUAUUCCGAAAGUCCUAGGAGCUUAAGUCAAAAGUUUAGGCCGAAAUCUUUUGAUGAACUGGUUGGACAAAAUGUGGCAGCAAGGUCACUUUUGGGAGCUAUCUCGAAAGGACGAAUCACUUCCUUAUACCUAUUUCACGGUCCUCGUGGUGCUGGAAAAACUUCUGCUUCGAAGAUUUUUGCCGCUGCUUUGAAUUGUCUAUCGCUGGAGGAGCAAAAGCCAUGUGGUGCGUGCCAAGAAUGUAUGUUAUACUUCGCGGGUCGGAGUAGAGAUGUUAAGGAAGUUGAUCCUGUGAGAAUAAACCGCGCUGGUAGGAUGAGAUCCCUCAUGAAAAGUGCGACUUUACCUCCAAUAUCCUCCAAAUUUAAAGUGUUUAUUUUGGACGAGUGUCAUUUGCUUCGAGGUGAAACAUGGGCAACUCUUAUAACAAGCCUAGAUAGUUUCUCGCAACAUGUUGUCUUUGUGAUUGUCACGGCUGACUUGGAUAAGCUGCCAAGACGCGUGGUGGAACGGUCUCAAAGAUAUCACUUUCCGAAAUUAAAGGACAUUGAUAUUGUUAGUAGAUUAGGUAAAAUUUGCGAGGAAGAAGGAUUAGAGUUUGAUCGGGUUGCUUUGGAAUUUGUUGCUUCCAAGUCUAAUGGCUCGAUGCGAGACGCUGAAAUGAUGCUUGAUCAACUGAGUUUGUUGGGCAGCAAGAUUACUAUGACACUGGCCUAUGAACUUAUUGGAAGUGUUUCGGAUGACGAUCUUUUAGAUUUACUUGACCUUGCUCUGUCCGCGGACACUUCAAAUACGGUCAAAAAGGCGAGGGAACUGAUGAGUUCGAGGAUUGAUCCUAUGCAACUUAUAUCGCAACUAGCCAACAUCAUAAUGGAUAUUCUUGCUGGGAAAUUCCAGGAAGAAGAGUCAGAAACCCGGAGAAAUUUCUUGAGAAAACAUGCUUCAGAAACAGAUUUGCAGAAGAUACGCCAGGCGUUGAAGAUACUAUCCGAAAGUGAGAAACAACUGAGAGUGUCCAAAAAUCAGACGACAUGGCUUACUGUUGCUCUAUUGCAAUUCAAUUCUAUAGACUCCUCUUUCUCGGAUCCAAAUGAGUCCAGAUUAUCUGUAAGAACUGCAAAUUUUGAAGCUGCAGAUGGUGACUGUUGCAGUACAUCGUCCCUUGGUGAGAGAUCUAAACCUCUGGUCUUGUACGAUUGCGCUGAUGAUGAAUUGUGUAAAAUGGUAAAAGGAGAUAGUGGUUGUGCUCUCGAGUCUACAUGGAUCAGAGCCACUGAAAAUUGCCAGUCAAAUUCACUCAGAAGUUUUCUACGGAGACGAGGGAAGCUCUCUUCUGUAUGGGUUAAGAAAGAUCUAGCAGUGGCUGACUUAGAAUUUGAUCACCCCGACCAUGCAUCAAAGGCCGAGAAUUCAUGGAAACUUAUUGCAAGUUCACUUCAAUCGGUACUGGGAUGUAAUGUCGAGCUUAGGAUAAAUCUCUCCCCUAGAAAUGCCAAAUCAAAGAGGUCAUCUUUCAGUUUGUUUAGUUGUUCUCGUCGAAUUCACAAGUCACAGACGCCUGAAAGUGGAAGUGAUCGACUAUCCGAUGCCUCCAAUUUCACUUCUGAUAAAGCCAUGAUCGGAGACAAGCAUGUCGAAACUUGCUCAUCCUGUGGGUCUCAGGUUUCUCAUAUUUGCAGCCACAGAAUGGUUAGCACUAUCAGAAACAGUGAUGGAAAUGCGCUAAGCACUGCUAGAUCCGGAGCAUCGACACCUCACAGAAUCUCGCAGGAUAGUGUGUUCAGUGAGCAAGAAAAAGCAUGCAAGAUUUUAACCACUGAAGAGCAAGAAGAACAGCCCAAGUGCUUUCCGAAAACUAUGAGACUUAGUAAGAAAGAGGCUUCCGGAGACAAGUGUUUAAAGAUCCAGCCAAAAGAAAAUAGUCGACAAGCAUCUUUCGAUACGUAUAUCUGUACGGACUAUCCUUACGUCUUAAGUAAUGGUUGCAACAACAAUGACAUUUCACGGCACGAAGAUGAAAAAACGGAAGACUCAAAGUCGAAUUGCUGGAAAACACCACCCUUUUCAAUGAAGAAGGGUUGGCAAAUGAAGCAUCAACGACAGAGAUCGCAACUGGUAGAAUGGGUUCUUCCUUGUGCUGCAGCCAAGUAAGAGUUGCGGACAAGCACAUUUGACUGUGAGGCUAUGAUACGGAACCUUGCGUGUUGUCACAAGAAAGCCGUUUAUAGCUCUGGUGACUACACCCGCAUGAUCUAAAGAUGAAUGAUCUCGAACCUAAGAAACAACUCCGUACUGUAUUUGUACAUUUGAAGCUUCAUUUUUCUCAGAAUGCUAACAUUUCCCAGAAAAGCUAUGACAUUAAGAGACCAACUAACUAAGAACUAGGAAGUACUCUAUUUUAGCAGAUGGAUGGUAAUGUAACUAAAUCUCAUACUAGUUGGAUUAAACAAGGAAAAGGUGACCUAUGUUAGUAUACUGCUACCUAAAUGCAUUAUUUCCAUUUUUAGCAAAUGCUCUACUUGUAUUUAUGUUAUAUUCCUGCAUUAAUUAGUGGGAUUUCAAGUUUGUUUUGUUGUUCAAAGGUGAGUCAACAUAAGAGCGAAUCUAAAAUUUGAAACAUGGGGUUAUCGAACGUAUUACAAGAUAUAUUUAAGAUAUUA